GUUGAGGUUCUCGCAGGCUUCACAGUGCGCGCGCGAGCCUUGAAGUGGAGACUCGGAUGUUGCUUAGCCGGUGGGGCUCCGCUAGACAUUACACAAAAUAAAAAGUGUACAACAUGGAGGAAGUGUACCCAGCUGUCCAGGAACCUCUAGAUGUAGGAUAUAAAUGUGAGGAAGGGGCCAAGGAAGAGACGUGUGACAAAGAGGGAGAGAAGAAUUUAACACUACAAAGGGGUUCACUUUCCAUGCACGCUGUGGAUAAGAGAAAUGAUAUUAAAAAAGAGGACUGUGAGUGGGACUCUGUACACCAUCAACAAGAAUGUGGCAGCAUUAAGGUGGAGGAUUGUGAUAAGGAGGCACUUGAGUUCAAAAAAGACUCCGAGGUAACUUCUCACAACACAAACAUGCAGAGAAAUGAAACUGCAAAUGGCAUAAAAGAAGAAGACCACCUUAAAUUAGAGUCUGACUUUCAGGCUUUUUCUCCGACUAAAGGGGAUCCUGGAUUAGAGUCCAUGCCCUAUGCUGUCCAUAGCAAGUCAAUGAUAAAGCCCAUGGAAAUAUCAACAAGUCUUUCUGGAGAAGGUUUCCAAGACACUGGCUUCUUCUCCUCAUCUCAAGCCUCUCUUAAGUGCAAAUCACAACUGGCAUUGCAUGAUGAAGACACGAGGAAAUCGACAUCUGGAUCAGAGAGCUUGGUGCCAGCCUCUUUGCAGGAUAGUUCUCUACAUGACAGGAAAUUAACCAAGACUGAGGUAGAGGCACGCAAGAAAAAUUCAGCAAAUUUGUUUUUUUGCCAAGAGAGGAAGGCACAUGUUAAAAUAAAAGCUAAAUAUGAUAGUAAAUGGAGUCCUACAACCCCAAAGACAUAUUGUUGUACCGAAUGUGGCAAAGGAUUCUCCUCCUAUGGGCAUCUUCGGACCCACACAAGAGUCCACACCGGAGAGAAACCGUACUGCUGUUCUGAAUGUGGAAAACAGUUUGCACAAUCUGGCAACUUCAAUAAGCACAUCAGGAUUCACACAGGAGAGAAGCCAUAUAGCUGCUUUGAAUGUGAUAAACGAUUUACAGAUGUAAGCACUCUUAUGAAUCACACAAGAAUCCACACGAGAGAGAAGCCUUUUUGCUGUGCGGAAUGUGGCAAACAAUUCUCACAAUUAAGCCAUCUUCAGACCCACACAAGAAUUCACACGGGUGAGAAGCCAUUUUGCUGUUCAGAAUGUGGCAAACAAUUCCUGCAGAUAGCCAAUCUACGGACCCAUUUACGAAUUCACACGGGUGAGAAGCCAUUUUGCUGUUCGAAAUGUGGCAGAGGAUUCUCUAACAAACACAGCUUUCGGUUACACACAAGAGUUCACACUGGAGAAGACCCAAAAUGCAGUGUGGCAAAUGAUUCUCCUAAGUAAGCCACUUUUAUAUCCACACGGACAUUCACACUGGAUAGAAAUAUUGUUUGUAGAUGACCCGAGGCCAUACAAGACUAUACAGCUCCAACAACUGGCAUCUGCAAGAGCAGUUACACUUGCUGGAACAAUUUUCAAAUGACAAGUGUGCCAAAGCAACUUUUAUCAACAGAAAAAUAACAUCUACAGAAAGCAUAGAACGUAUCAUCAGAGAUUUUAAUCCACAAAAAAACUAUAAAUACUUGAGGAUAUAUGAAUGUGGUCACAA